AAUAACAUGUCUGCGCAGAGUGACGUACUUCCGUUCGCCGCAAGAACAACAAAAAAUUCUUGUUUUCAUUGACAGGACGGAGGUCCGACGUUUUUUUGACAAUUUUGCCUUCACAGUUUUUUUUCCGGCCGCUAUUUUGGACAAAAAUGGCAAAUAUUAGCCCCGCUGUCUAGUCGCCCGCGCGGAGUUCUUCAGAGCGAAACCCGUUGUUGUCAACAUGAAGUGGAAGAAUUGGUUCUUUUUGACCUGCUCCUUGCUGGCCUUGGGUCUCGCCCUCGGACUCCGGAAGGACCCGUACGAGAUUCUGGGCGUCAAGAGGUCUGCUGCCAGCCAGGAAAUUAGAAAAGCUUUCAAGCAUUUGGCGAAGGAAUGGCACCCGGACAAGAACAGCAACCCUGAGGCUGAAAAUAAAUUCGUGGAAAUCACGGAAGCUUACGAGCUCCUGAUGGACCCAGAAAGAAGGAAAAAGUUUGACAGUUUCGGUAUAACUGAAGACGCCCCAGCCUUUACCAACAAGCCUGAUUACAGCCAGUACAGGAGGUUCGAUCCUUUGGACGACCUCUUCGGUUUCCAGGGUAGCUCCUUCCGCUUUCAUUAUCAAGACAGAGACAUAACCAUCUUCCACAAACUCAGUGUCACAACCAAAGCGUACGAGAACCACUUGGUCCCCAAAAGCUACCGCACGCCGUACUUGAUCUUGUUUUAUUCCGACUGGUGCUUCGCGUGUUUGCAAAUGGAACCGAUCUGGAGAAGAAUCAUGGAAGAACUGGAGCCUAUCGGGGUUGGCGUCGCCACCGUCCAUUCUGAGAACGAACCUCUGCUGGUGAAAAAGGUCGGGGUCAGCUCGUUGCCUCUGAUGGUUCUCCUGAUGGACGGCAAGGCCAUGCACUACAAGGAGUCGCUCUUCAGCGUCCAGAAAGUAGUUGAAUUCGUGAGGAGCAAGUUCCCGUACAAGCUGGUGCAGCCGGUCAAUGAUGAGAACAUUGAAAUGUUCCUCAACUCGUGGACCGACAAUCGGGUGAGGAUUCUCAUCUGCGAAAAUCAUGAUUCUGUGCGGCUCCGUUACAUUCUGAUGGCUUAUUACUACAGAGACAGAGUGGCCUUUGGAUUCGUCCAAGUCAAGUCGUUGCAUGCCAAGGAGGUGGUCCAGCGAUUCAAGGUGCCGCUGGAUAAAGACACCUUGCUGCUGUUCAACGAGAACACCGAGCGACCUGUGGCCAGUCUGAGCAUGCCAGACAUUCCGGUCAAAACCAUGCACGACAUCAUCAGCAACAACAAAUACCUCUUAUUGCCCAGACUCUCGUCUCAGGCAAUGUUUGAUGCGUUGUGCCCGCCUGACUCAGCGCGGCCGCGCAAAAGGCUGUGCGUCAUUUUGGUCUCGCAAAAUACUCCUUACCACGAUGAGCCUCGACAAGUCCUUCGCCAGUUUGCCCAGGAAACUUCCUACAGCACCGAGAGAGUUCGAUUCAUGUACAUCUUCAAGGAGAGACAAACUGACUUCAUCAGCGCGUUGACAUCUGGCCAAAACAGUCCUCCUGAGCCGACUCUUCACGUUGUCAUCAUCUGGCGGUGCGACUCAAAACGCAUCAAGUACGACUGGCUGCCUGAGGACUGGGGCAACUCUGAACAACCGCAAUGGAACGCGACAAGAGAGCGGCUCAGCACGACCAUCCAGCGCCUCUUGCAGUCUGCCGACGCGCUCAGCUACGAGGCCAUAGUGCAGGAGCUUAUUGAUGAGCAUGCGCAGGGAAUGGUCGGACGCAUUCUGAACAAAAUCUUUGUGGCUUCUGAGUAUUUGAGGGACAACGUGACUAAGGAGCAACUGCUGCCCGCGCUCUCUGUCGUCGGCACUGUUCUGUUCAUUGUUGUCGCCGGCUACUUCAUGGCCUACCUUGUACGUCUUGAGGAGGAAAAAAUCGCAAAGAGCAGCUCGAACGGCAUGUCCGGCGGCAAGUUAAACAACACGCAGCAGCAACUGAAGCUUCACGAGCUGCGGCCAGAGACCUACAACGGCAUGGUGCGCCUCCUGAAGCCUGGCUGCAGAACCAUCGUGCUGCUGGUGGACCAAGAGUCGCGCAAGGAGCUGCUGAUCAAGUUCCACAAAACCGUUUGGCCGUACAGAAAUCUGUCUGGCAGGAACAAGACGCUCAUGUUUGGCUACCUGAACCUUGAGAAGGGCCUCGAGUGGUACAAGCGGCUGCUGAUGCUGAGCUUGCCUGAGCCGCGAGACCUGAACAUCAACCCGAAAAACUGCAUUGGAACCGUCAUUUCGCUGAACGGACACCGCAAGUACUUCUGCAUGUACCACGCCAAGCACCCUGAGAGCAUGAAGGGCAAAGGAUCAAAGCGCAUGGCUAAAAUGACCAAACGAAUCAGCAACUACGAAGCUGGAACAAACGGGGCGUUCAUGGGCUUUGAAACCUCGGAGUCUGAAGACACAGAAAACUCUGAUUUGGAGCAAGGACCCCCAGUGAAAAAUGGAGUGAACAGCGACAGAUACAGCAACGUGGUAUUCAAGGAAAAUUUACUGGAUGGCCUAGCGAAUUGGCUUGACCGUCUCUUCGAAGGCAGCACAUAUCGCUACUACAUCAAUUACUGGCCGGAUUUUCCCAACUAAGAAUCAGACGAGGAGCAGGGGACGUUCCAUCGCUGUCGAUUUUUCAUUACAGUUAUGAUUUCAAGACUGUUGGGCCGAUUUGGCAUCCAAGAAGUAAAUAGUCAACACAGGUAUACUAACAUGUGUCAUAGGAAAAACGUACUUGCGUUCCCUCAAAAAGCGCACCGCAGUAGCGUGUAAAUCAAGGCAGGCGACGGAGCUGGUUUUUUGCAUUUUUUAUUUCCCACCUCAGGGUCAGAGGAGUGGACGAUUCAAAACUCGGAAUGCAGAGAUUGAGGUCCGAUUUUUUUACUGUUCAUAUCCUCUGUCAUUCUUGAAGCUUAAGUUUCAUUGUGCCAUUGUUAUUACUAUUUUUUCCCUUACAAAUCGUUAUCAUGAUAAUUGCCUUUGCAAACUUGACGAGUUAAAAUAUUGUGAUUAAAAUUCAUGUCUUGAUCCCCGCUGGACACUGAAAUGAUGUUGUGAUUUUACGUGACUUGAGUUGUUGUUGUUGUUGGAAAAUGAUGUUUAAAAAACGAGGAUCUCCGCUAACCGAUCAAGUUAGUCUUAAAUACAUCGCCAAUGACCGCCCUGAUGCUCACACUUCUUUCUAGUCAGAUGAAUUGCUUAUCAACUCUUAAGACGCGUUAAUCGCUUUGAACGUGUGCCAAUUUCUUUCCUUGUUAUGUCAUUUAAUUGAGAAAAUGAGAAGCAAACCAGGCAUCGGAUUCCUCACAAUUUAAGUUACUCGUUAUGGCUUUUCCGUAAACUUGCUCUCUCUAUCUCUUAAACUUAAAUGCACAGAUUGACGAAGAAGGUUUCAGUUAAAAACUAAGAAUCAAACCUCACUGAUUAGCCUCUAAAAAAAUAACUAGCUAAGAGAAUUAUAUAUGAUAAACCUGACAUUUUACUUGCCAAAAAGGCGACGAUGAAUGUUUUUCUAAUAUUCCUGGAAUCAUACACAAUAAACAAGAUAAAAUCCAAA